UUACUAAGCGACCCUAUCAAUGGAGGAAGAAAAUCAGAAAAUCGAUGCCAGCUCGAAGUUUUUUUAGUCCCAAAAGCGGAUACCGACGUGUCUCACAAAAAUCUCAUUCAUCAGAAGAUGACUCCCUAGAUGAAAUUCCCCUAAUGAUAAGCUCAGAUGAAGUAUAUAUUAUGGGUGAGAAUGAAUCUCUUGUUAAACCCAGACGACAACGGCCCAUUGGUCAAUCAAGGCUGGAGUAUUGGUGCUCAUCUAUAUUUUCAUCAUGUUGUCAGUGUUGUGUCAGGUGCUGUUGCAAAAAGAAGGAAUACAAGCCCCGGACUGUGCCUAUUGGGUUGACCAGACUGAGUGAAGAGAAAUAUCCAAAAAAUGUAGUGCGCAAUCAGAAGUACAGUGUGAUAACAUUCCUGCCAAAGGUGCUGUUUGAUCAGUUCAGGUUUUUCUUGAAUCUUUACUUCCUCAUAAUGUCAUCAUCACAGUUUAUUAAGGAAAUCAGAAUUGGCCACCUCUAUACCUACUGGGGCCCUUUGGGGUUUGUGUUGUUUGUGACAAUGUGCCGCGAGGCAGUCGAUGAUUUCCGGCGGUACAGACGGGACAAGGAGGCAAACUCUCAGCAGUUCAAGAUGCUGACCAACAGCGGCGUGGUGAGAGUUCCCAGCUCCAGCAUCAAAGUGGGGGACCUGGUCAUAGUGGAGAAGGACCAGAGAGUUCCUGCUGACAUGGUGCUGCUCCGUACAACAGAGAAGACUGGGUCCUGCUUCAUACGUACCGACCAGUUGGACGGGGAGACAGACUGGAAGCUGCGACUGGCAGUCCACGACUCACAAAGUCUCCUGUCUAACGCUGACCUGCUGGACAUCCAGGCAGAGGUUUAUGCAGAAGCUCCACAGAAGGACAUCCACAGUUUUGUUGGCACAUAUCGAAGGAAGGGGGAGACAGAUGCUGAGGAGCCGUUGAGCAUUGAGAACACACUGUGGGCAAAUACUGUUGUGGCCUCAGGCACUGCCCUGGGUGUGGUUGUCUACACAGGGGGCGAGAGCAGAAGUGUGAUGAACACCUCACAGCCACAGAGCAAGGUGGGACUGUUGGACCUGGAGAUCAAUACACUCACCAAGGUGUUGUUCUCUGCUGUCGUUGUCCUGGCUGUCGUCAUGAUGGUGCUCAAGGGCUGGGGUGGACCCUGGUACAGAUACCUGUUCAGAUUUGUUCUUCUGUUCUCCUACAUCAUACCUAUAAGCUUGCGUGUGAACCUGGACAUGGGUAAGGCCGUGUACUCGUGGCUGAUCACGCGAGACAAAGCCAUCGAGGGAACAGUGGUACGCAGCACUACCAUCCCUGAGGAGUUGGGGCGGAUCAGCUACCUGCUCACGGACAAGACUGGCACUCUCACGCAGAAUGAGAUGGUCUUCAAAAAGCUGCACCUGGGGACAGUUGCCUUCUCCCCUGAGACCAGUGACGAGGUGAUUGCCCACUUGAAGACAGCCUUCUCUCAGAGCCAGCUGUCUGGUAGCCAACAGUCGCGCCAGGCCACGCCAGUGCGGCGCACUGUGGUGACCCGUGUCCUGGAGGCCGUGCAGGCCCUGGCUCUGUGCCACAACGUGACCCCUGUGUAUGAGGACGGGGAGCGCACGGAGGAGAUGUCCGCACAGGCUGAGGCAGACCAGCAGAGCCAGCAACAGGUUGUCUACCAGGCCUCCAGUCCAGAUGAGGUGGCUCUGGUAUCCUGGACGGAGAGUGUAGGACUGACACUGGUGAAACGAGACAUAAACUCUAUGCAGUUGAGAGCUCCAAACGGGGCCACCUUGUCCUACACCAUAAUUCAGAUAUUUCCUUUUACAUCGGAGAGUAAGCGCAUGGGAAUCAUUCUUAAGGAGGAUGACUCAGGUGAGAUCGUGUUCUACCUUAAGGGGGCUGAUGUGGUGAUGCAGUCCAUUGUGCAGUACAACGACUGGCUAGAGGAGGAGUGUGGUAACCUAGCCAGGGAAGGUCUGCGGACGCUUGUUGUGGCGCGCAAAGUGCUGACAGAAGAACACUACCAGGAGUUUCAAUCCCGCUACCACCAGGCUAAGAUGUCAGUCCAGGAUAGGAAUCUCAAGGUGCAGGCAGUGGUGGAGAGCCUGGAGAGGGACAUGGAGCUGCUGUGUAUGACGGGUGUGGAGGACAGACUGCAGGACAAUGUGAGGCCCACGCUGGAGAUGCUACGCAAUGCUGGAAUCAAGAUCUGGAUGCUGACGGGAGACAAGCUGGAGACGGCAACCUGUAUAGCGAAAAGUUCCAAGCUGGUCUCACGCAGCCAGGACAUCUACACGUUCAAGAAGGUCACAGGUCGCACGGAGGCCCACCUGGAGCUGAACAACCUGCGACGUAAGCAGGACAACGCCCUUGUCAUUACAGGGGACAGUCUGCAGGUCUGUUUGGAGUACUAUGAACAUGAAUUUGUGGAGCUGGCCUGUCAGUGCCCCUGUGUGGUCGUGUGUCGCUGCUCCCCUACUCAGAAGGCCGACAUUGUCAAUCUGUUGAAGGUACACACAGGCAAACGGACAUGUGCAAUCGGGGAUGGAGGCAAUGAUGUCAGCAUGAUCCAGGCGGCACAUGCAGGCAUUGGCAUAGUGGGAAAGGAAGGCAAGCAGGCUUCCAUGGCAGCCGACUUCUCCAUAAAUCAGUUCAGCUACAUCGGUAGGCUGCUUAUGGUCCAUGGGCGAGACAGCUACAAGCGGUCGGCGGCCCUGGGUCAGUUCGUCAUCCAUCGGGGUCUCAUCAUCUCCACCAUGCAGGCAGUGUUCUGUUCCGUGUUCUACUUCGCCUCCAUCACUCUCUUCCCAGGGUUCCUCAUGGUUGGGUACUCCACUGUGUACACCACAUGGCCUGUGUUCUCACUAGUGCUGGACAAGGAUGUGAGUCCAGAGACGGCUCUCAUGUACCCUGAGCUCUAUAAGGAUCUAACCAAGGGCCGGUCACUAUCCUUCAAAUCUUUCUUUCUCUGGGUGCUUAUUAGCCUAUACCAAGGUGGUAUCAUCAUGUACGGAGCGUUCCUGCUGUUCGAGGAUGACUUCAUCCACGUGGUGGCCAUCACCUUCACCUCUCUCAUUCUCACGGAGCUCAUCAUGGUUGCCUUGACGAUACGCACCUGGCACUGGCUCAUGGUCAUCGCAGAGCUUGGCAGUCUGGUAGUCUAUAUCGCAUCUUUAGUCGUGCUACGAAAUUACUUCGACCCGAUCUUCCUGGGAACGUGGAGCUUCUUCUGGAAGUUCCUAGUGAUCACUGCAGUGAGCUGUAUCCCGCUGUACAUUGCAAAGUUCCUGCGCAAGAAGUUCUCGCCUCCUGUGUAUGCAAAGUUGACUUGAAAAGGAGCCCAUGGGAAGAAUUAUAGCAUGUGUGUGCAUUUGUGUGGUCUUACAGUUGUUGAAGAGAGUUCAGACACAUUUGAGACAUUGAUAAUGAUUGGUUUGGUUCUAAGAUAAUAUGAGUCUCGCACUGGGAAAACAGGUUUUAAUACAUGUGCAAAGUGUCGUCCCAGUCUGCACAGGCUAAUCAGGUAUGACACUUUAGUCCUGAACUGGUCCCAGUCUGCACAGGCUAAUCAGGUAUGACACUUUAGUCCUGAACUGGUCCCAGUCUGCACAGGCUAAUCAGGUAUGACACUUUAGUCCUGAACUGGAUUUGUGGUAAGAAGAGACUUCCUUUAAACAUAGAGAAUAAUAAGUAAGUGUUGAUUAUAGAUCAGGUUUAUCAUGCGAGGCUUAGAAAACAAAAAGCACGAGCCUUGGCGAGUGCUUUUUCGUUUUCGUGCCAAGCAUGAUAAACCUAAUCUAUAAUCAACACUAAUCUAUUAUUCUAUUUAUCUCACUUUUUAUUUUGUAAACCUUUUUAUUUAAACAAAAUUUGUUUGACUUGAUAAUUUCGCUGGAUUUAUGACAUCAUUUCGUCGAAAUAUUGACGUCAUUUCCUGCCGUUGAUUAUAGAUGAUAUUUAAUCUAUGGGGCUUUAAUCAACCGAAAUCGCUGUAAAAGUGGGAUAAAAAACAUUCCAUUAAAGUGGAAAGUGUUGUCCCUAAUUAGCUUGUGGAGUUGGUUUCAUAUUAUACCAUGCAACAAAUCUAGUUAAACGCUAUCUUAUACUUGCUAAAAACAUUUAUGAUGCAUAAACUUUUCAGAUACAUGUAACACUUUUUUCUGCUUGUGCAACUAGCUGUGUGCCAAAGUUAACAUCAUGUAGUUUAUCCAUUUUUGUUAUUUUGAUGGAAUAGAGGCUGUACAGAGAAUGGUUGUUUUCAUAACAUGCCAAAAAUCACUUCAAUCUACUGGUAAUAUGUAACCCUACUUUAAUGUACUUGUUUCCUGUGAUCCCUUGUUAUUUUAUUUAUAAUUACAUUUAUGUCAAUCCUGUUCUGUUAAGAAUCCUGUAUCACAUGGUUGAGAUUGUUCUUGUUUGUUGUAUCACUGUAUAUUUAUAUGUUUAUUUAUUAUACAUUUUUAUGCCCCCGGUAGGGUGGCAUAUAGCAGUUGAACUGUCCAUCAGUGUGUCAGUAUGUGUGUUAUGUCAGUCUGUCUGUCUGUCCGUCCGCAAACUUUAAUGGCCAUAACUUUUUCAAUAUUGAAGAUAGCAACUUGAUAUUUGGCAUGCUUGUGCAUCUCACGGAGCUGAACAUUUUGAGUGGUGAAAGGUGAAGGUCAAGGUCAUCCUUCAAGGUCAAAUGUCUAAUAUAUGGCGUAUGUCCGUCCGUCCAAAAACUUUAACAUUGGCCAUAACUUUUGCACUAUUGAAGAUAGCAACUUGAUAUAUGGCAUGCAUGUGUAUCUCACCGAUCUGAACAUUUUGAGUGGUGAAAGAUGAAGGUCAUCCUUGAAGGUCAAAUGUCAAAUAUAUGGCGUAUGUCUGUCCGAAAACUUAACAUUGGCCAUAACUUUUUCAAUAUUGAAGAUAGCAUCUUGAUAUUUGGCAUGCAUGUGUAUCUCAUGGAGCUGAACAUUUUGAGUGGUGAAAGGUGAAGGUCAUUGUCAUCCUUCAAGGUCAAAUAUAUGGCGUCUGUCCGUCUGAAAACUUUAACAUUGGCCAUAAUUUUUUCAAUAUUGAAGAUAGCAACUUGAUAUUUGGCAUGCAUGUGCAUCUCACGGAGCUGCACAUUUUGAGUGGUGAAAGGUGAAAAUUGAAGGUCAAGGUCAUCCUUCAAGGUCAAAUGUCAAAUUUAUGGCGUCUGUCCGUCCAAAAACUUUAAAAUUGGCUAUAACUUUUUCAAUAUUAAUGAUAGCAACUUGAUAUUUGGCAUGCAUGUGUAUCUCAUGAAGCUGCACAUUUUGAGUGGUGGAAGUUCAAGGUCAAGGUCAUCCUUCAAGGUCAAAGGUCAAUUAUUUUUUUAAAUUAAAAGCGGAGUUCUCGUGAAGCUGCACAUUUUGAGUGGUGGAAGUUCAAGGUUAAGGUCAUCCUUCAAGGUCAAAGGUCAAAAAAAAUAUAAAAUUCAAAGCGGCCCAAUAGGGGGCAUUGUGUUUCUGACGAUCACAUCUCUUGUUUCUAACCACUUCUUAUUAUUUAAUAUCGUAAUCCUUUUCAUUUGGGCAGAAAGAGAUAACUAUAUAAGGUACCAAUGUACUUCUUUGCCUCAAUAUUCUAUAUUUAUCUGUUUAUCUUUAUCCGCGCUCUGGCAAAACUGGACUUAAUUCAUUUGCAUAAAGUGUCGUCCCAAUAUAGUCUGUGUUGUCCGCACUGGGUAAUCAAGGAUGACACUUUCUGCCUAGACUGGAUUUUGGUUUAUAAGAGAUCCUUAAAUAAUCUCUAAAAGAAAUUGUGUGUUCCCUGAUGAACGCACAUGCAAUAAGCCCCCUUGCCCAAGAGCACUGCUCAUAACCAUGUGUAAUUGCACUCAGCAGUUGUCACAGUGCAGUGACCAUGAUUAAUAGACAGAUAGUCUAUUAAACCUUUGACAAGUGAGCAGCUCAGAGAAAAGAUUAUAGAUAGGAAAUUGUAUGGUGGAUCAAUACACUCAGAGGAAUACCGCAUGGAGGGGUCAGACAUUCCUUAACUAAGUAAACUUGGCCUUAUAAGCUCUACUAUGGUACUCUUAGCCCUUCACAAUGUGACUGCUAUGGUAUUGUUAGUCUGUCACCUCAACAGGGCUUAACUUCUGUUGUCAAGGCUUUGAGACUAGAAAGGACAAACUGCUAAUGUAUGUGCUUCAGGUUUUGCGAAUGAAAACCUCGCCUUUUUAGAACAAGGAUUAAAAUUAUUAUAUGUUUACCAUGUCUGCUAUAAUUUGUGGUUCUAUUGAUAUUUAGUUAUUAACCAGGUUUUUCGAAGAAAAAAACUGGUUAUUAGAUUGGCGAAUGUCGGCGGGCGGGCUGGCUGGAGGAACAAGCUUGUCCGGGCCAUAACUCUGUCGUUCAUUGUCAGAUUUUAAAAUCAUUUGGCACUUUUGUUCACCAUCAUUAGACGGUGUGUUGCGCAAAAGAAUUACGUCGAUAUCUCCAAGGUCAAGGUCACAAUUUGAGCUUGAAGGUCAAAAAUGGCCAUAAAUGAGCUUGUCCGGGCCAUAACUUUGUCGUUCAUUGUCAGAUUUUAAAAUUAUUUGACACAUUUCUUAACCAUCAUUAGACGGUGUGUCGCCUGAAAGAAUUAGGUCAAUAUCUCCAAGGUCAAGAUCACAAUUUGAGUUUGAAGGUCAAAAAUGGUCAUAAAUGAGCUUGUCCAGGCCAUUACUUUGUGAUUCAUUGAAAGAUUUUAAAAUCAUUUGGCACAUUUGUUCACCAUCAUUAGAUGUUGUGUCGUGCGAAAGAAUCACGUCGAUAUCUCCAAGGUCAAGGUCACCACAACUUAAAAUAGAUUGAUUUUGAAACAACUAUGUAACUAUGAACAAUCAGUAACAAUGCACAUUUUGAUUUUGAGUUGUCUCUCUUUAUCAGACUUUUUUUAUGCCUCCCUCAAAGAAGAGGGGGUAUAUUGUUUUGCACAUGUCGGUUGGUCCGUCGGUCCGUCCACCAGAUGGUUUCCGGAUGAUAACUCAAGAACGCCUAGGCCUAUGCUCAUUAAACUAAAUUGGUACAUUGAUCAUGACUGGCAGAUGACAUCUAUUGAUUUUCAGGUCACUAGGUCAAAGGUCAAGGUCACAGUGACUUGAAAUAGUAAAAUGGUUUCCAGAUGAUAACUCAAGAACGCUUAGGCCUAGGAUCAUGAAACUUCAUAGGUACAUUGAUCAUGACUGGCAGAUGACCCACAUCAAUUUUCAGGUCGCUAGGUCAAAGGUCAAGGUGACUCAAAACAGUAACAUUUUCCGGACUAAGGAAUAAUUAGGGGUAGGAUCAUGAAACUUCAUAGGUACAUUGAUCAUGACUGGCAGAUGACCCCUAUUGAUUUUCAGGUCACUAGGUCAAAGGUCAAGGUCACAGUGACUUGAAUAAGUAAAAUGGUUUCCGGAUGAUAACUCAAGAAUGCUUAAACCUAGGAUCAUGAAACUUCAUAGGCACAUUGAUCAUGACUGGCAGAUGACCCCUAAUGAUUUUCAGGUCACUAGGUCAAAGGUCAAGGUCACAGUGACUCGAAACAGUAAAAUGGUUUCCGGAUGAUAACUCAAGAAUGCUUACGCCUAGGAUUAUGAAACUUCAUAGGUACAUUGAUCAUGACUGGCAGAUGACCCCUAUUGAUUUUCAGGUCACUAGGUCAAAGGUCAAGGUCACAGUGACUUGAAACAGUAAAAUUUUCCGGAUGAUAAAUAAAGAAUAAUUAGGGGUAGGAUCAUGAAACUUCAUAGGUACAUUGAUCAUGACUGGCAGAUGACCCCUAUUGAUUUUCAGGUCACUAGGUCAAAGGUCAAGGUCACAGUGACAAAAAAAGUAUUCACACAAUGGAUUCCACAACAACUGACAGCCCAUAUGGGGGGCAUGCAUGUUAUACAAACAGCCCUCGUUUUCUAAUUGAAAUUAAUUUUACACAAGGGGGUUAACAGUACACAUUUUGAAUAGUCUCCCUUAAUCAGACUUUUUUUCAACUGAAAACCUGGUUUUGUGACAAUGUUGUCCCUUGUUUUGAUUGAUGAAAUGAAGUGCAGCUAAUACUGUUAAUAUAAAUUUCAUAUCACAGAUAAAAACCACUGGCAAAAAAUAUUUUAAUAAACAUUCCUUAAGUUGACUGUUAUGUUUCUAUGACUUACACUUUCCAGUGUUAUAUAAUCUCUGUGACUGGAACCGAUGUGUUCAAUAAUUGACCAGUCGCCAAAUUAUCGAUCUCUCCGCCCACAUAGUCACGUGGUCUAGUGAUUAGAAAACUUCGACAAGCAGAUCGCAAUGAUAGCUGGUAAGGCGAGUGAAAUACUAUAUUUGUAACGAUGUAUCAUGCUAUUUUCUACAAUAUAAAUUGUUAAAGCCGCACACAAAACUAAACUGCAUUGUAAAACUUAAAUACAAUCAUAAAUUCUUUAGAUAGAAAUGACUUAAACAAAAUAAUUGAGUAAAUGACAGACCAACUAUCCGAAACGUUUCAUAUACAUAUUAUAGGGAGUUGAAUAAAAAUCAGUUGUAAAAAUGAACAUUUAUUUCAUAUUGAUUUGGAACUUGUAUAAAACAGACUUACAGUGAAUCAGAUGGCUAUGUUUAUACAAUUUUUUUGAAAAUAUUUUUAUUAAACGCAAAUGACACAUCUACCGGUAUAUCAUUAUGCUUUUUGUUUCUUAAAAAUGUUUAGAUCUUUGUUUUAUUGUGUUAUUUUUAAAAAGACACAGAUUCUUUUUAUUUAGAUAUAAUUUAAAUUUUGAUUGUAACCAUAAUUAAAUAAAGGCUUAUUUCGUGGUUUCAUAAACAGAUAGUCUGAUAUGCAUUUUAUUUCAUGUAUUUUUAAUGGGAACCAGUUACAUUUCACCAUCGAAAAAUGAAAUGUUGGUAUUACGGUGCUGUUCACGAAGAUUCAAAUGGUAUAAAUUAAGCAUAUUAUGCAUUUGUUUAUUUAUAACAAGAUGGACCUUAUAUGUUCAUUGCAAUGUUCACAUUUUUCCCUGUAUCAAUAUAUGUUGUAUUAGAAAUGUUGUUGUUGUUGUAUUAUAUGCCGUACAUCUUACACCUGAAGUCGCUAGAGCUGGCUAAGCCGCGUUGAAAUCACCUUUUUGUUGUUUUUACUUUAGUUAAAACACUUUAUAAGUUUCCAAUUUAUAAUUAUUUCCCUUGUUAAUGAUCCACAAAAAUGAAUGUAUACUUGGAAAUUAUUAAAGUAAUAAAAUAGUU